AAGGAGGGAUGCUGUUCAAUUAAAUGUUCGACCAUGUGGAUCAUUUUAAUGGUUUCGUCGAUUCAGCCCGGGGAUGUUGCAGUUCUUUUUAAUGCGUUGAAAAUGGUUGGUCCACCAACUGGCUUUCGAAGCCUCUUGUUGCCCAUUUGCCAAGUACGCAUUAGUCCCCCUUGGAGUUCAGUACCAUCUUUUUUUCAAGUGACAUACCAGUCUUGUUCUGCAGUUAAUUUGACAGUAUCAAACCCCACAGAUGAUUUAGCUUUCAAAGUAAUACCUGGAAAGUUUAGUAAUGGAAGCUCGCCUAGUUCAAUUAAAAUUGAGACGAAUGUUAGAAGCAAGCCCUUUAAGUUUGAUAGCAAAGAGAGGCUUAGACAUUUUUCUGAGAUGCUUCAUGCAUGCGCUUCAAAAAGGUGUUUGAAUGAGGCCAUGGCUAUUCACGGACAGGUAAUCAGGAGUGGGAUAGACCCAGAUUCUCAUUUGUGGGUUUCCCUGGUAAAUGUUUAUGCGAAAUGCGGUAGACCCGUCAUUGCAUGGAAAGUGCUUGAUAAGAUGCCUGAACGAGAUGUUGUGUCUUGGACGGCUUUGAUUCAAGGAUUUGUAGCUGAAGGAUAUGGUAGUGAUGGUGUUAAUUUGUUUUCUGAGAUGAAGAAAGAUGGAAUAAAGCCAAAUGAAUUUACUUUGGCUACUGGUUUAAAGGCUUGUUCUGUUUGCUUAGAUUUAGAAUUCGGGAAACAGCUGCAUGCAGAAGCUAUCAAAGUUGGCUUCUUCUCAGAUUUGUUUAUUGGCUCUGCUCUUGUCGACCUUUAUGGAAAGUGUGGUGCAAUGGAGCUUGCAGAUGGAGUGUUCUUUUGCAUGCCUGAGCAGAAUGCUGUGUCCUGGAAUGCAUUGCUUAGUGGAUAUGCUCAGGAAGGCAAUGGGGAAAAAGUUCUGGAACUGUUUUACAGAAUGAUUGAAUCUGAAAUGAGGUUAAGCAACUUCACAUUAUCCACUGUGCUCAAGGGUUGUGCAAAUUCGGGAAGGUUGAGAGAAGGUCAGGUUGUGCAUUCCCUAGCCAUAAAAGGAGGGUGUGAACUUGAUGAAAUUCUGGGUUGUAGCUUUGUUGAUAUGUAUUCGAAGUGUGGCCUGGCGAUUGAUGCAUUAAAUGUGUUCAUGAGGAUAAAAAAUCCCGAUGUAGUGGCCUGGAGUGCAAUGAUAACUUGCCUUGAUAAGCAAGGACUGUGGCAGGAAGCAGCUUACCUCUUUCGUCUGAUGAGACGCAAAGGCGUCAGACCAAAUCACUUUAGCUUCUCAAGUAUCCUUAGUUCUGCCAGUCAUCUGGGUGACCUUCGAUUUGGUGAAAGCAUUCAUGCUUGUAUUUGGAAAUUUGGGUUUGAAAAUGAGGUGUUAGUUAGCAAUGCUUUGAUCUCAAUGUACACAAAAAAUGGAAGUAUUCAAGAUGGCACUCAAGUGUUUGAGGCAAUGAAAAUUCGUGAUUUAGUUUCAUGGAAUGCCCUAUUAUCUGGAUUCCAUGAUGAAGAACUUUGCAAUCUAGGACCAAGAAUAUUUCAUCAAUUGCUCGUAGAAGGUUUCAAACCCAAUAUCUACACAUUCAUCAGCAUUUUAAGGUGUUGUUCAAGCCUUAUGGAUGUAGGCUUUGGAAAACAAAUACAUGCACAUACUGUCAAAAACAGUCUUGAUGAUAAUGAUUUUGUCAGAACAGCUCUGGUUGACAUGUAUGCCAAAACCAGGCUAUUGGAAGAUGCAGAUGUAGUCUUCCAUAGAUUAACUAAUCCAGACCUCUUCACUUGGACAGCCAUCAUCACCGGAUAUGCACAGACUGGUCAGGCAGAGAAGGCUGUUAAUUGCUUCCGUAAGAUGCAGCGAGAAGGUGUAAAACCAAACGAAUUCACUCUUGCUGGGUGUUUAAGUGCUUGCUCGCACAUAGCUACCCUGGAAAAUGGGCGACAGCUCCAUUCUAUGGCAAUUAAGCAUGGCCAUAUAGAAGAUUUAUUUGUUGGUAGUGCACUUGUAGAUAUGUAUGCAAAAUGUGGAUGCAUAGAAGAUGCUGAUGCUAUCUUUGAGGGCUUGGUUUCACGGGAUACAAUUUCAUGGAACACCAUUAUAUGUGGAUACUCCCAACAUGGGCUAGAAGAGAAAGCUCUUGAAGCGUUUGAGAUGAUGUUAGAUCAAGGCAUCAUUCCGGAUGAGGUCACCUUCAUAGGUAUUUUUUCUGCAUGCAGCCAUCUGGGUUUAGUUGACGAAGGAAAAAAGCACUUUAAAUCUAUGAUUGAAAUUUUUAAGAUUAAUCCUAUAAUUGAGCAUUAUGCUUGUAUUGUUGAUAUUCUUGGUCGAGCUGGAAGGUUUGAUGAGGUUGAAAACUUUAUCAAGGCUAUGAAAUUAGCACCAUAUUCCAUCAUUUGGGAGACUGUUCUUGGAGCUUGUAAACUGCACGGUAAUGUGGAAUUAGGAGAAAGAGCUGCAGCUAAGCUUUUCGAGAUCAAACCUGAGAUGGAUGCUACUUAUAUUUUGCUAUCAAAUAUUUUUGCUGCCAAAGGUAGAUGGGAUGAUGUUAGAAAGGUCAGGAAAUUAAUGUCUAGUCAGGAUGUUAAAAAGGAACCUGGGUGUAGCUGGGUUGAGGUUGAUGGACAAGUCCAUGUGUUUGUCUCUCAAGAUUGUUCACACCCUAGAAUUGGGGAUAUUUACUUAAAAUUAGAGGAACUAGACAAAAAAUUGGCAUCAGCAGGUUAUAUACCGGAGACAGCAAAUGUACUUCAUAAUGUAACUGAAACAGAAAAGAAGGAACACCUUCAAUACCAUAGUGAAAGGUUGGCUCUUGGUUUUGCCCUUAUAAGUACCAAUCCUCUGAAAACAAUACGGAUUUUCAAAAAUCUACGCAUCUGUGGUAAUUGCCAUGAUGUUAUGAAGCUCAUCUCAAACAUCAUGAAUCGGGAGAUAAUUGUUCGUGAUAUUAAGAUGUUCCAUCAUUUUAAGGCUGGCACUUGCUCUUGCCAUGAUUUUUGGUGAUCUAGUUUUAGAAGUUUGCAGAGAAGGAAAAUAAAAAUGAAGGUGAUGACAUUGACACUUUUAGCCUUCAAUGCAGAGCCUGGGUAAAGACCAAGGAGUCAUUGGUGCAUAACAGAUCAGAUUGGUGGUUUUACUUUUUAUUGUUCCACAAACCAUUUCGCUUUGACGUCAAAGCUCGUUUAAUUUUCAAGGUAUAUGGUUUUUGUGAUGGGUGCCAGAGGAAGCAUGUAAAUGCUAGUGUAUGUAUGAGGUAUUGUACAGAAUCUACAGACGUUUCUGACAAUCAAACACUUUCAGGAAUUAUUGGUGGAACAUAAAAUUUCUGUCCUCAGGGCUCUACAUAUAAAUGCAUACGUAGAUACAUACAUAAAUACAUGUAUUGUUAUGUUUUUGCAUCUGUUUUCCAUUCUUUGGUUGUAUUGGUACUUUUUUUAUACAUUAUAUAUGUCCAUCUUCUUUGUUAUCCAGGUGCUUUGUGUACAUGGUGCUCUUUCUCUUGAUAUUUGAACCAUUGAUCAGGUAAGGAUCUUUGUCAAAAUUGUGAAAUUCCACAUGAGGGGCCAUUUUUUUCACUUGAUGAGAAGUGAUCCCAAAGAUAUUGAAAUAUGGCGGUUAGUCUCUGUGAGCCGGUUGGUUUUUUGGGUCCACAGUCACCUUUAAGUUGAUGAUCUGAUCUCAACUUUAACAAAAGUAUUUCCAGAAAAAAUUAUGAAUUGGGUGCCAUUUUCCACAUCCAAGAAGAAAAACACUGUGUGGUCUGUACCAAAUUACUGUUAUAUUUCUGAGAAUGCUGCUUCUAUAUUGCGCUUCAAUGAGAAUGUGGUAAAUAUUCAAGCUUUUUGCAUGAUAUCAUUUUAUAUUGCUCUUUAACUUGUUAAGUGUAUGGAAAGAAAUGCUUACUGCCCCAUCAAGUGAGAAUUGCAUACAAACCUGAACAUGCUUAUUAGUUCUUAAACAAUAGAGGUUCCAUGGAACCAUGCUUUUGUAGUAUCUUGAAGUAAAAUCAUUCAGUUGUGUCCUUGCUAUUAAUUUAAAAAUAGUUGUUCCCAUUUUAUUUUGCUUGAUUUUGUUACUUUUUAUUUUUUUAUUUUUAUUAUUCUUAUUAUUUUUUUUUGUCAUAACCUGUUAUGUAAAUAUGGUUCUGAUCUUUUCCAUGAUUUAGACUGUAUUAGAAUCCUCACAUUAUACUGACAUCCCAGUAGUUUAUUUGUAAGUGAAAGUGUCUUCAUUACAAUUUUAAAACUGAAGAGGAGGCAAGUCAAGGAUGUCGUUAACUAGUGCUGUUCUAACAAUUAACCAGAGAUAUCAUUUAUUUUAUUUAUUUAUUUUUUUUAAAGGAAAGAGACGGCAACCAGAUUAUAACAGGAGUUCCAUAUUUCUUCUAAUCAUAUGGAGCUAUUGCUUGCAUGAAUUGUAUAAUGAUUGGAUCGUUGUCGUGUAUAGCAGCUGAGGCAUCAACUUGCAGGAGCAGAAGGAUAAAAGAUGCAAUAGCAUCAAUGGCAGCAUAAGAUUUUCUUCUUAUGUUAUCAAUGGUAUUUAUCCAAGGUUUGCUCCCCCUAGUAUUUAGUCUGUUCACUCCCCCUUACAUUAUAUAACUGGCAACUUUUUGAUCUCGUGAAUUUUCUGACAUUGAUACGAAUUACUAUUCUAUUCAAAAUUUUGUUUUUGGUAAAUAUUCUA